AUGACUCACACCAACUUCACCAUCUUCCACCCUGCAGUUUUUGUCCUUCUGGGCAUCCCUGGGUUGGAAGCUUAUCAUGUUUGGCUGUCAAUACCCUUCUGCCUCAUGUAUAUCACUGCAGUUCUGGGCAACAGUAUCCUGAUAAUGGUCAUCAUCACAGAACAUAACCUUCAUGAGCCCAUGUACUUCUUCCUCUCCAUGCUGGCCAUCACGGACAUCCUGCUGUCCACCACUACUGUCCCCAAGGCCCUAGCCAUCUUUUGGCUCCAUGCUCAUGACAUUGCCUUUGAUGCCUGUGUCACCCAAAUGUUCUUCAUCCAUGCAUUCUCUGCCAUGGAAUCAGGAGUGCUGGUGGCCAUGGCCCUGGACCGCUUUGUGGCCAUCUGUAACCCACUACGUUAUGCAACCAUUCUCACCCCGGUAGUUGUUGUCCAGAUUGGAGGCCUGGUGGUGCUUCGAGGGCGCAUCGGGGUGGCGGUGCUGGUGCGGGGGAUACUCCUCCUCCUCCCCUUCCCCAUCUUGUUGAGGAGACUUGUCUUCUGCCAGGCCACCGUCAUAGGCCAUGCCUACUGUGAACACAUGGCCGUGGUAAAACUCGCCUGCUCAGAAAGCACGGUGAACCGAGCCUAUGGGCUGGCGGUGGCACUGCUUGUGGUUGGCCUAGAUGUCCUGGCCAUUGGUGUUUCCUAUGCCCUCAUCCUGCAGGCAGUGCUGAAGGUACCAGGGGGUGAAGCCCGACUUAAGGCCUUUAGCACAUGUGGAUCUCAUAUUUGUGUCAUCCUGGUCUUCUAUGUGCCUGGAAUGUUUUCUUUCCUCACUCACCGCUUUGGCCAGCAGGUGCCCCAUCAUGUUCAUGUUCUUCUGGCCACACUCUACCUCCUGGUGCCACCUGCACUCAAUCCUCUGGUCUAUGGGGUGAAGACUCAGCAGAUUCGCCAGCGAGUACUCAGGAUGACAACCCUGCGGAAUUCCAGCUGGAGGCUGAUCCAGCCAUCCUUCUUCCUGAUCGGCAUCCCAGGUUUAGAGGAAAGCCAGCACUGGAUAGCACUCCCGCUGUGUGUCCUUUACCUCCUUGCCCUCUUGGGCAACGUCACCAUCCUCCUCACCAUCUGGACUGACCCAUCCUUGCACCAGCCUAUGUACCUCUUUCUGGCCAUGCUCUCUGGCAUUGACCUGGUGCUGGCUUCCUCCACCGCACCCAAAACCCUUGCAGUGCUCCUGGUUCACGCCCAUGAGAUUGGGCACACCGUCUGUCUGAUCCAGAUGUUCUUCAUCCAUGCGUUCUCUUCCAUGGAGUCGGGUGUACUUGUGGCCAUGGCUCUGGAUCGCUAUGUAGCCAUCUGCCACCCUCUGCACCAUUCUACCAUCCUGCAUCCCGGGGUCAUAGGGCGCAUCGGGGUGGCGGUGCUGGUGCGGGGGAUACUCCUCCUCCUCCCCUUCCCCAUCUUGUUGAGGAGACUUGUCUUCUGCCAGGCCACUGUCAUAGGCCAUGCCUACUGUGAACACAUGGCCGUGGUAAAACUCGCCUGCUCAGAAAGCACGGUGAACCGAGCCUAUGGGCUGGCGGUGGCACUGCUUGUGGUUGGCCUAGAUGUCCUGGCCAUUGGUGUUUCCUAUGCCCUCAUCCUGCAAGCAGUGCUGAAGGUACCAGGGGGUGAGGCCCGACAUAAGGCCUUUAGCACAUGUGGAUCUCAUAUUUGUGUCAUCCUGGUCUUCUAUGUGCCUGGAAUAUUCUCCUUCCUCACUCACCGCUUUGGCCAGCAGGUGCCCCAUCAUGUCCAUGUUCUUCUGGCCAUACUCUACCUCCUGGUGCCACCUGCACUCAAUCCUCUGGUCUAUGGGGUGAAGACUCAGCAGAUUCGCCAGCGAGUACUCAGGGUGUUUGACAUAAAAGGACAGAUCUGA